AUGAAGUCGUUUCCCUUACAACACAAGAUGAUGCGGCGACUGAAGCUGCCGUACAUUCAGGUUGGCACCUGCGAAAUCAUGAACCUUGCCAGCUCGUAUAACAUGGAUUCCUUUCACGUCUUCAAUCGCAAGAACAGGGGCUUGUACGACUCGGCAUCAGCGGCCGCGGCCCAAGGUGCGCGGAAGACCCCGACAGACGACGUCUCAGCGUGGUCGCUCCCGAAACGUCAAGAGCCCUUUUUGGGUGAGAUGGUGGCAGGUGGCCUGCUCGACAGCUACACUGGCAGAGAGGCAUCUUCGUUCGUGAGCAACUACCUCGCCAAGGCCCUAAGCAUGCACACUGCUUUGCCAGCCGAGCUACGCACACUGCGCAAGGAAGAUCCUUCAAAUCCUCUCCUUUCUAUUAUGAUGGCUGCCCUAGCCCGGCGACGCAGUAUGCACACAGAGUUCGAGAGUCUUGUGACAGAGUGGGACCUUCAGCAGUACGCCAUUAGCGCCGAUGCGGCUUUUUUCCGUGCGUGUAACGCUGGUGGAUGCCCGCCGUUCCACUCAAUGGCCGCGGAAAAGAGGGGCACAGGCGAAGACCGGGAGGAUAAUUGUCAUGUGCCUCUGCCACCGGAAGAAAGUGGCUGUCGCGGUGUAUGGUUCUCGGCGACCGUGACCCCAACUUGGCUGGCAGAGCAGCAGCGGAGCGCGCUGACGGAGCGCAAGCACCGAAUGGCGCCUCCUCCACAGAAAGUACUGACGUCUGCAGAGGUAGCCGAGGAGCGUCAUCUGCAGGAGCUGCUGACCCAGACUCCGUUUUAUCUCGACGUAGCUGUUGGUUGCUUGGGCAAUUCACGUGCCUUCGGUGUUGCUCGAAACACACUGACUGGUGGUAUGUGGAGUCGACUGGACGCAUCGCGAGAACGAACGGUCCCGCUGAGUGUCGACCACAAUCCACUUCAUACCCUGGAGUACCGGCGUAUCGUGCAGGCAGGCGGAAAAGUGGACUCGGCCGUCGGGGACAUGAUUGACGGCAACCCGUACUACAACGUCGCUAGGAGUUUUGGCCACUGGUCUAUGAAGAAGGAUGGGCGUCGCUCGCCGGUGGCGCAGAAAAUGAUCCCCGUUCCCACAGUCAAGACGUGGCGCAUGCUAGCGGGGGAUGCCCUCGUGCUGUGCAACCAUGCCGUAUUCGAGACGAGGCAUGAGGAUGACAGCAGCAUGGAUGAGCUGGCCAAGGUGGUGGGCCGUGGGCUAUCGUGCGAUUUACCACCGGAGGCGAUCGCCGCCUCCCUCUGUGACUUUGCCGUCCGCUUUGGUGCCGAACAUUCCCUUCAGGUCAUGGUGGCUGUGGCAGGGUCGGCGUCUGACACAAGACCGAGCGCGGCAAGGGUGGGGGAGCGUUGUGGAAUGCCAGUGCCGGAGUUUGCUGAGUGGGUGGAACCGGGGCCGCUCUAUGUUGGUGCGUGCCAUCGGUUUCCUGCACUGCGGAAGAGGCUGCAGCUGGACUGCGCUCGGUGCGGCACGACACUCUCCUCACUGAUCCGCCGCCGUUGGGAGCGUGUGCGUGAUCUGCUUCCGACUCGCCACUCCCUGCCGCUGCUGCCCUACUACGGAAAGGAGUGCGGUGCGUUACAGCAAGUGAUGGAGGAGGAGGCUAUCUUUUUCGAGCACGAACUGUUGCGUGACUCUAUUGACGCGAGUGACCCGCGUCUGGAUGCGGUAUUCCAGCAACUGGCGAAGCGACUACAGUCAAACGCGACUGUCGCUUGA